AUGGGCUCGACCCACCGAAUGUAUCUCGGACUCGCUGAGCAGUCCACUCUGAACCGAGAGAAGUCAUCCUGUCGAAUGUGGGAGGGUUGGUUGACAGAGAGUGAACAAAGCAAGGAGAGAAUGUUCUGGGUUGAUUUCUGCGAAAGAGAUGAGUCAAAGCCCGUUCCCCGUUCGUCACCACCCCAGAAACCCGCAUCGAGCAACGAACUUGACCCCCCCGGAUCUGUGCCCUUAGAAAGAGACAGAGAGAGACAGACAGAGAGAGGGAGAGUGGCGAAGUGGAUGGCGGGUGAGGAAAGUCACGGGAAGAAGCGCCCGGCCGAAGCUGACCCCGAUGGCGCGCAACCGUUAACGAAGAGAUUUGGACACUUGCGAAUAGAUAAUAGCGUGCCAAUCUCCGCUCGGACCAAACCCAAGGGGCAUAUCGAGCAUAUGCAACAUAUGCAACAUGACCAUGACCACAUUGACCACAUUGACCACAUUGACCACCACCAACAUAAUCAGCAUAACCAAGAGCUCUCUUCCCCAAAUGAUGCAAUGAUCUUGGAUGACACCAAACAUACGACUUAUAUUCACAACCUGGAUCAAGAAUUAAUGGAAGCCGACUCUCCUGGCUUGGUGUUUUCACCAUUCGUGCAGAAAGUGCUCUCAGUCCCUCAAUCCGUUCUGUCCGACUCGAAACCUUCAGGGAAAGAACUUGUUCUUUAUACGGAACCAUCUUCCCUCACGGUUCCCAAGGAAAAAGAUAAUGUUCGAAGAGCAAUUCUUGAAUCUCGAGCACGAGCUAGAGAGAACAAGGUUCCGGAAGAUUUAUACGAUGAUCCAAUGGAUAUUGAUAGUUGA